AUGAAGCAGCAGAGGGAACGGAGCCAUUCCAGGUCGAAGAAGGACCUACCGAAAGAGGAAAAGGGAGACGAUGGCGCGAUCGAGCUGCUCCGUCGCCUUGGCAACCAAAACCAAACAUUGUUUAGAAGCAAAAUGAGUCUAACGGAGACAGAUGAAAACAUAGAACCACGCCUUUCACACCUCGGCGUGGCAAACCCAUAUGUACCUUCAGAAUCGGUCGAGAUGUCAUCGUCAGAUAGUCCUCAUAUCUCUGGAUCAACUCAAGUGAUGCCGGAUUGGUACGAAGACCUCACAGAUGAUCACACGUCCGCCUUCAAGGAACUGUUCGAUAUACUAGACUCUUCCAAUACGGGCCUGUUGAACGCUGAUAGUCUGUAUGAGGGCUUGAAACGGGUGGACAGUGAUAUCACCAAAGAAGAAGUUGAAAAUGUUUUGAAGAAGCUCGACAAAGAUGGCAAUGGCGAGAUCGAUUUUGACGAAUUCCUGUUUCAUAUGACGCAGGGUGGAGGUGAGAGUGAUGAGGAAAGUGACAAGAAGAGAGGAAGGAAUUUCUCAAAAAGGCAAAGAUUAUUUUACACCGCUAUAACCGAGUUCUCUUUGAAGACAACAUUGGGAGAAAUUGAGAGAUCCUACUUGGCUCGAAUGCGCCAGGCGCCCCAUGUUCUUAGUCAUUAUACUGCGGGAGUGCGCCUUAUCGGCUUAACAGAUCGUCAGCUCCAACGUCAGUUCAAAAAGAUGCAGAAAACUGCCAGGAACAACGACUCGCCUUAUGCUAAACCACUGCCCUUCGUGUCACAGAGUGGUGCGGUGAAACCAAAGAGUAUUAGAAAGCAGGUCGGAAGGAAAGAAAUAAGCCAAUACAAGCUAGCAGCGGAUCGGAGGCAUUCCCCACUACAACGAAAAAAGACCCGGAUGUCUGCCAAGGUUUUAGCAUUAGCCGAAACUGACGUCAAGCCACAAAUUGUGAUCGAUGCUAUCAAUUCUGAUCACAAGGUCACCAAAGAAGUGCAAGCAACCAUCAAUGAAUCCCUGAAGAUGUGGGAUAAAAGAAGCAGCAUUGUCUCCAGAUUGCCCGGAAGUCAUCUAAUAGCUAAUCUAAGGGCAAAAAUAAGAACAAAUCUCAUCCAACUGGACAGAACCACUGAGGAACCCGAACUAGAAGAGCAACCGAAACAAAGUAUUGCAAUCGAUGAAAAAGGUGACCGAAGUUCCAGUUCCAGUCGUAGGAUAUCGGGUAAUAGGGAAAAGGUGCCACUUCCGGUGUUAAAGAUAAAAUACCUAAAACACCGCCCAACUAUUGACGAUCUCCCGAAUAUACGGGAAAAGGCAACCCAAGCAAUCAACGACUACUAUCAGAACAUGAGGAAGGCAACUGUAAAGGAUGCAUAUACAAAUUGGGACAAAUUAUAUGCCGAUACUAUCCGUCCUAAGAAACUCCUGGAAAACUUUAGGACAGUUUAUCGUGCCUAUUCGCCACAUAAGGAAGAAGAUGCUUUUGUAGUUUGUCCCUGGAUGCCAGGUCCAUAUCGUCAUUUCCGAACCAUUUUGAGGAACCGGAACCAAGGUUCGCCCGAUUUCCGGAUGGAAAGAGUGUACAGGACUGGUAUUGGUCCCGAUCCGACAAACAAGCGUCCAUUUAGUGUACUUUAG